AUGGAAUUGAAUUGGAUAAAAGGCACUAUCAGGGAAAAUAUAUCAGAUAAACAUGAAGAGCUGAUCGGGAUAUUGGAAGAACUGGAAAUUGAUGGAAAAGGUCUAAGUGAGAAAGCUCUUAACAAGAUCAAGAUAUGUGAAGAGUUAAAACUAGGGGCAAGAAAUUACAACAACUUGAGAUAUGCAGAUGAUAUAACUUUGAUGGCAGACUCUGAAAAGAAACUUCAGGAACUGGUUAACAUUGUGUCAGUAGAAAGUGAAAAGCUGAUGGACGAUCAUACAAAGAUAUUCAGUACAGGAGUCCCGGACCAUAAGCAGAGCGAUGGAAAAGAAAUUAGAAGCUGUGGAAAUGUGGUUAUAUAG